UAAACAAAAACUGAAUUGAUAGCUUUAUUUUGAAAACAACAAACCGGAAGAGUUGCUGACGCAGGUUUGUUGACGACAACAGUCUACGUUGACUUCAGACGCCACAAAGUGAAUCGGUUGUAACGGAGUAGCUGGACUAUUACGCUUGUGUGUGUAUGUUUGAGUGAGCUGAACAAAGACAUCGCUGUGCAGUCUGUGUGUAUGUGAGAGCGCGCGUGUGUGCGAUGUCUUCGGAACUGCUGGUAGAUGUGGGCGACGACUCUGCAACGGCGCAGCUAGGACAGCUGAAGCUGACUACCAUAGAGGACCAGCAGUGGCCCGCUGAUGAGUCUUUCCUCAGCAAGUCAGAGACAGAUGUUUCCCAGCAGUUUGAUGCCAGCUCUCCACACCUGCCCUGGGACCACCCUUUCUAUGACAUUGCCAGACAUCAGAUCAUUGAAGUGGCCGGUGAUGACAACUUUGGCAGGAAGGUGAUAGUGUUUAAUGCCUGCAGGAUGCCUCCGCAGCACCAGCUGGACCAUCAUAAGCUGCUGAUGUAUCUCAAAGGAACACUGGAUCAGUAUGUGGAGAGUGACUAUACUCUGAUCUACUUUCAUCACGGGCUGACCAGUGAAAACAAACCUUCCCUCAGCUGGCUGCGGGAUGCAUACAGGGAGUUUGACAGAAAAUACAAGAAGAACAUCAAGGCCCUGUACAUCGUCCAUCCCACCAUGUUCAUCAAGACUCUGCUGAUCCUCUUCAAACCAAUUAUAAGUUUUAAGUUUGGCAGGAAGAUCAACUAUGUGAGCUAUCUGAGUGAGCUGGAGGAUGUGGUCAAGUGUGAUCAGCUGGUCAUUCCUUCCCGUGUUAGAGAGUAUGACAACAAAUUAAGAGCAUCUCUGAAACCCACCACACAGCCUCCCAUGUCUCCUCCUCACAGCCCUCCUCUCCCCAGCCAGGUGUUUGGUGUGCCACUAACGCUGCUCAGACAGAGGGAUCCAGAUGUGGAUCCAGUUCCUGUGGUGAUGAGAGACACCGUUGGCUUCCUCUCAGAGCAAGGCUUGGAGAUUGAGGGCAUCUUCAGACGAUCUGCCAACGUGACUCUGGUGAAGGAGGUCCAGCUCAGGUACAACUCAGGUGCGACAGUGAACUUCAGAGAGAUGGAAGAUGUGCACCUGGCUGCUGUCAUCCUGAAAACAUUCCUGAGGGAACUCCCCGAGCCUCUGCUCACCUACCAGCUCUACAAUGACAUUGUCAACUUUGCCUCUGUGUCCAGUGAGAGUCAGGUGACAGUAAUGAAGACGCUGGUAGAGUCACUGCCAGAGGAAAACUACGCAUCGCUGCGAUACCUCAUCACAUUUCUGGCACAGGUAUCAGCCAACAGUGAGGUGAAUAAGAUGACCAACAGUAACCUGGCUGUGGUCUUUGGUCCCAAUCUGCUCUGGGGCCGGGACAACGCCAUGUCUCUCAGCGCCAUUGGACCAAUCAAUAACUUCACGAGAACCCUGCUGGACCAGCAGCAUCUGGUGUUUGCCUAAUCACCAGCCCUCUGCUCUGAGCUCUUUCUGCCAGUGUGAAACGCCGCUGAGACCCUCCUUCCCCUGCAGCAUUUAGCCUUUAGCUUACCUUAGGAGCAUCAUCAAAGUACUUCUGUACCUACAGCGCUCAGACAGACAGGUCUGACUGAUUGUCCCUUACAUACUGCGCACAUUUAAAAAGAUUCAGUGGACCAAGUUGCAUGUCAUUUGUGUGUCACCAGUCGUUCUGAGCGUCUUGUUAUUAUGUCUGGCAGCGUCUGGCAUUUCCUUUUGACUCGAAGCAUGAAAACAAGUUGAAACAGCACACAUGUUAGAGCUCAGGCAAAUAAUAAUAAUAAUAAUGAUAGCAAAAAAUAACAGAAAACACUACAAAAUGUGACCGCCAAUAAACAAGAAAGAUCCAGAUCCCCAGUUUUGUUACAGCGAUAAAUUUGAGCCUUUUCUUCUACUGUUCAUGUAUAACAGCAUGAAACGCUGUGGGACGGCCCUGAUACCACAUGCGUGAGUGGGCACAGACAGGCUGUCGCCACACCCACUCUGUCAUGAAUAUACCAGGUUCCACUUUGGGUUCUCCACUGUGAGUCGUGAUAACUCUUGACAUCACUUUGCAUCAGGAAAUCAGUUUCCCACAAACACAUGUCAUGAGUGCAGUUAUGUUUUCCUGUCCUUUAAAUCAGUGUAGUGCUUCCAACAGUCUCCACGAGCACAACAUGAAUCUGAAUGAUGACGUGAAGUAAAUGGACUGACUGAUUCUUAUAUAGCGCUUUCCUACUCUCCUGGAGUAUUCAAGGUGCUGUAGACAACAUGCCACAUUCAUACAAGCACUUCUAAACUCAAGUGCAAUCUAACCAACAUUCACAACUUGGGGUUCGUAACUUGCCCAAGGAUACUUGACAUGCAGACUGAAGAAGCCAAGGAUCGAACCACCAACCUUCCGAUCAGUAGCUGAUCUGCUCUACCACAGAGCCACAGCCAAGUAGUUUCAUGUGGGUAUCAGGCCAGCACACUAUAAAGAGCUGUAACACUGGGGGAGGGUGACAUAAAAGCUCUCAUAAAUCUGAAAUCACUACAUGUGUGUGAAUGCAGGGUUAGUCAUUUCCUGCAGGUCAGUCAUGUGCCCCAUGGACUCAUUCCCACCUGCAUGUGUUCAUAUCUAUAUUCAGCCCUGUAUCACUGCCCUGCUUCAACACAGCGGCUGGCUAUCAUCUCUUAUCUCUGUCAGUAGCAGCUGGUCGUACACCCCCCCUUUCUCAUUCGUACACGUCGUGUUGUUUUCUAUGUAGUGCCAAAAAACGUUUCACCUGUGUUACCAAAUGUCCUUUAUAUUCUGAUUCUGUACUAAAGAGAGGAUUGAUGAGGAGAGUGGAGGUGUGACUCAGGUUAACGUCAGAAUGGUGAACUUGGUACCGAACUUUGUGGACAAUCUAUGAAAUGCUGUACUUGGAGUGGCAGAAACCACCCACAGCUGUGCACGUGGAGCUGAGUCUUUCUUUUCCUUUUAUAUGUGACUUUAAUCUUUACUAAUAGUAGUGUCAUUUGGACCUGUAGCUGAUUUUACUGGUGGUCCCGGGUAAACGGCACAACAAAAGUGUGCUGAUGUGCUGAAUGACAGCGUUUGUGCAUUAGCUGAGCUUCACAGUCGACACUGUGCGGGUUUAGUGACACUGUUGGGUUUUUUUAAAUUACAGGGAGAAGGUUGGUUGGUACGUCAGGCAUGUGGUGGACUCCCACAGGCCAGCGUCUCUGCUGUUGCCCUCUGUGUGACUGAUUAUGCGAGCAGAUGUGAUGUGUGCUCAUAUAACCAUUAUGCAGUAAUAAUAUAAGUUGUAAUAGUAACGGAUUCAUGUUCCUUUCAUUCUGGCUGUCAUUUGUAGCAGCAUCACUUCAGUGUACAUAAUGAAUGAUUUGGGGUGUCUGUUUUCCUGUGAUUGUCCCACAUGUAUCCCAAAUGUAAGUAAGUAGAAGUACCUGAUACUGAGUUUUACUUCUGUCAUUAGUUGCUGUACACCGUUUCAGGCUUUGAACUACAGGAGUCUGUCCAAGUUAUGUGCUGGUUUUUGGCUCUUCUGUCUUUGAGUGCCGUGGUGUGUUGGACAUAAUCCACACUGAGCAGUGCAGUUAACAGACUCCACACGCGGUGUUUGUGCUGCUGAGCGUCCACACGUUUCUGAUCACACAUGCUUCAGAGGGCACCAUGGCUCCAGGCCAGCUGUUCAUCCAUUUGUUUGUUGAGUAUCAAUGUAGAAUAUAGAUGCAUUAGAUCAGAGCUGUCUAGGGUUAAGGCACACCCUUCGGCCAAUCACAAGCCAGUAUUCCCUUUAGCUAUUGUGUUUUCUUUUAGUCACUACAGAUCUUUAGAAGCAGGCCUGUGAAGAGCAUGCAACAGGAGUGUAACCAAUCAGAAUCAGCUCUUUUAGUCUCUCACCUGUACUGAGAGGAAAAUGUCAAUUCUUUGAAAUGAUUUAGUACUUCCUCAACCCAAAGAUGAAUCAGUCCCUUAUUAGAGUGCAGCCAACAUGAGCAGUAGCAGCUCACAGCCACCAAAGUUCUGUUUGUGGGACUCUCCUGUUAGGUGAACAGCAGCACCCUCCCGCCCUCGGCUUUUUGAGCGCGGGGACUGGAUGCACACAGGUGACUGUGGGCUCUCACAGAGGUUCCCACGUGCAACUGUAUGGCCUCCCAAAAGCUUCAUUGUGUUCUCAUUUAUCUCACGGUUUAGCAGUGAUGCACAGACACUGUGGGGAUUUGGUCAGGAUGUCUUUGCUGGUUGAAGGUUUCACUGUUAUCGCUGCUUUCACAGCCUCCAGUGGACCAGCACAGCUAUAACUUCCUUAAUGAGGGUUUUGAUUUCUGUGGCUUAAUGAGAACUGUGUGGCCAUAAUUGGAUCACGGAGGCCUUAAGCUUCCUGCUGCAUUAUAUUUAUCAUUGCUCAUGUUCUUUCCUGUAAUAAUCGCCUGUAAUUCUCGAGAAGAACAUUAUUUCUGCAUGUCUCAGCUUUUGUCCUGGCACCCUGUGAAGCUUUGUUUUUAUCCUCAUUUUGUUUCCAGAGUUUUAGUUUAAAGGACUUGUCACGUUCUGCCAUCCA